AUGGCGGGGGCGGGCAGGGCGAGGCGGGGCGGGGCGGAGCAGGACAGGACGCCCACUGAGGGGCACGGGAAGGACGGCGGCUGCCGCCCGGAGCCGGGCGCUGGGAGCGAUCGCCCGGUGCGCGGCUCGAACCGGAGGCCCCUCAGCUCCAAGGCGCCCGAGCGCCCUCAGCCUGCCGGCCACGCCCCUGGUGCUCAUUUGCAUAAUGAGGGUGUGGCCAACCAAUGGGCGCUCGGCGCGCGCGGGGCGGGACUCGGGGCGCGCUCCCCGCUGUGCGCGGGAGGAGCGCGGGAGCCCGGCAGGAAACCUCGCCCCGGUGAGCGCAGCGAGGCGGCCCCGCUCGGAGAGGGGCGCCGGGGGCUGAUGGAGCCGGAGCCCGGUGUUGACAGAGCAUCGGCAAAGCACGCUCAGGCCACCCAGCACCCGGUGCUUGUCAACGCCCGGCUCUGCUUCCCUCCGCCCGCCCCACGCCGGCACCCAGCCCUGCCCUCCCUGCCCACGCACCUUCACUGCUGCUCGGAGCAGCUAGAGAGCUGCAGAGCUGCCAUGGAAGCCAACACUUCCCUCUGGCACAGCUACCUUGGGGUGGUCGUGUCCCGCGAGAGGCAGCGGAUGGAGCAUUUCCAGCGGGCCGAGGACAUCCUGCUCACCCUAUUGGAGAGCGUCCAUGCCAGGGAACCCCGCUUCCUCGUGGAGUACGCCAGGAACCUGGAAGCCUUGGACUUCUCUCUGUGUGCCUCUGAGGACGCUGUCACUCUCGAGAUGCCCGUGAGCAUCGACGGUGAUGCCCUGCGUGUGCUGGCGUGCCAGCCCAGGGACACCCCAGGCAGGCAUCCUCCAGAGCUGAACACCUGCUAUCUGGGAGUGUGCUCUCCAGGGACUGGUUUGGAGGACUGGACUGGUGUUGUGGAUGUGAUGGAGCACGGAGGUGGUGAGGGGUGCCUGCUUCCAGGCCAAAUCCUCCAGCAUCUGAAAGAGCUCCUUGUUUCAGCCAUCGUGCAUUGCCAACGCCUCUUCCUGCUUCAGCCAGGUGACAUCAGUGCUGAAAACCUGCGGGAAGAUGCCAUGGAGCUCUCCCUGCUGAUCCGUGGCAGCUGGAAGACCAUUCGCUUUGACAUUGUUCCUGUGGUGAGGAGGCAGCGAGAGCCACUCUGGCUCCAGAGGCGACGGAGAGACAGUGGUUUCCCUGAAGGCAGCCUCAGGAAGGCCACAGAAGAGGCACACUUUAUUCCUGCCUCUCCCCAUUGCUGGAGAUCCUCCACUCACCUUCCCAUCCUGAAGCUGCUCCGAGAAGUGGACACCCUGGGGGGACCCCGUCUGGACAGCCUCCGCCUGCUCGACCAGCUCCGUGACCAGGACUGGGGAGGGGAGGAUGGGAAAGGCAGUCUCACCUUCAACCACCUGAAGAUGGUGUUGCUGUGGAGCACAGAGCUCUUCCCCUCUCCAGAGGACUGGCAGGACCUGGAAGGUUCUGUCUACCGGCUCUUGGUGAUCCUUCUCCGCUGCCUGGCCACCCAGCACCUGCCCCACUUCCUGAACCCAGGGGAAAACCUCUUCCAAGGAGCGGCCCCGGAUCUUGCCUCCCUCUACCGUAAAGUUGAGAGCUUUGCCUGGGACCCCCAGCGCUUCCUCCGCUUCCAUUUUGGCCUCCAUGGGUUCAGUGGCAGCUGGCAGGCAGACACAGAAACCCGAGCCCUCCUGCAUCUCCCCGCCAAGGAUGGGUCCUACUGGGACACAGCCUACUUUGACAUGCUGCUCAGCCAGUUUCAGGUGUACCGGAUCCAGGACAGCGCACGCCGCUCAGCAGCGUCCCAGCUCCUUAGCAAGAUCCUUCCAGAAAUCACUCAGCAGAGCUGAGUGGGACCCUGCUGCUGCUCCAUUAGGGUGUCUCAAAACUCUGGUGGGGUGCAAGGAGAGCUACAGGGCCAGGGAUCAGUGUGUUGCUGUGUCAUUUAUUGAGGGAAGGUGGCAGGGGAAGAGAGCACAUCUGCUGUACCUGGGGGGCCAUACACAGCCUCUUGGCUGCCCUGCUGGACCU